GUGGGGAGAUCACCUCUAAAAGUGAACUGGACGAACUACAGGAAGAAGUGGCCAGGCGGGCCCAGGAACAGGAACUCCGAAAGAAACGGGAAAAGGAAUUAGAGGCUGCUAAAGGAUUUAACCCUCAUCCCAGCCGAUAUAUGGACUUGGAUGAACUACAGAAUCAGGUGCUGGCCCUUUCAGGGAGGAGUGACGGCUUUGAAAGGUCCUUACAAGAGGCAAAUUCAGUAUUUGAAGAGUCGCUGCUUCUGGAACAAAAGGGAGACUGUGCUGCAGCUUUGGCUCUCUGUAACGAAGCUAUCUCUAAACUAAGACUUACCCUGCAUGGUGCCAGCUCUAGCACGCACAGCAGAGCCCUAGUCGAUAAGAAGUUGCAAAUCAGUAUUCGAAAAGCACGAAGCCUGCAGGAUCGCAUGCAGCAGCAAGCAUCAUCGCAGCAGCCGGUGCAGCCCUCAUCCUCUCUCCCACCACAGGGGGGUGCCCUCCCUCAGCUGACAAGUGAGCAGCCUAUCCCGCUCCAAGUAUUGUUAAGCCAGGAGGCACAGCUGGAACCCUGCAAGGAUACAGAGUUUGGGACCAGUUCUUUCUUCCACUCACCUGCUUCCUGCCAUGAGUCACACUCAUCAUUCGCCCCAGAGCCAUCUGUUUCAUCUGGUUCACAGCACAAUUCCCCUAGUAGAUCUCUGAAGCUUCUGACGUCAUUUGAGGUGGACAGCAUUAAUCCCUCUGCAUUCCACAGGCGGGAUUUACCUAAAACAACAGGCAGAGUUGAGAUGAAUUCUCAGCAUGAAUGUCUGCCAUUGGAUGCCCUUGAAGAUAAACUACAAGGCCACAGGGAUGACAACAGCACUUGCAGCAAAUUCCCACCACCAGAAGGAAGGGACAUAGUUCAAGAUCUGCUGUUUGAAGAAAAGAAGAAUCCUAUUGAUAUAUCCAUGGUGAUGCCUUGGUCACAUUCAACAGGCGAAGCCACUUCUGAAACAGUUAUACAUAGCCUAAAUAGUCCUUCAGGCUCAUCAGCUCAGCCUAGUAUUCCUCCUUACAGGGCCUACCACCCCAUUAUGUCUGCUGCUGCUUCACCUGAGCUUCAUGCUAUUGAUCCCAUGCAGAAACUUAACCAACAUCUUCAAGCCCAAAGACUCCAAACUUCAUUGACUUCAAAAGUGGUCAGAGGCAGUGAGGAGCCCUGUAGGCCAGAGUUCCCCAGUACAAAAGGACUUGUCCGCUCAUUGACAGAGCAGUUCCAGAAGAUGCAGAAUACCUCUAUGAGGGAUGUUAUAGGUUCCCAGGAUCGAAAUUUGCCAAAUGGUCUAAGGAAGAACUCUUCUGACUUUAUACCUCCAUUACCCCAGGGUUCAGGAAAAGACCACUGUCGCUGGGUAAAACUGCAGCCUUCUGUAGAUGGCAGGGAAAGACUGCCCUCCUGGGAAGAUCCUGCUGAUAAUCCUCUUGCUGUGGACUCUGGGCUUCCCAAUGGGGAAACCGCUGGAAGAGGACAGCCCAGAUUGGCUGAGCCAAAUAUAUACCAAGGAAAGCUACCCCAAGUGACAGAGACUAGGUCCAAGGAACUGGGUAGCAGUGUCAACUUGGGGACAUCUUUGUCUUUGGAUUCCUGGGUAAAUGUCACAAGACUCUGUGAUUCUCAGGUUACACACAGGGGCCCUGGGCCUGGAGUCAAGCCCUCUUCUCAUGAUACCCAUAAAUGUGUAACCUAUCCAGAGAGAAAUCACAUCCUUUUGCAUCCACACUGGAACCAAGACACAGAGCAAGAGACCUCUGAGUUGGAGUCUCUCUACCAAGCCAGUCUUCAGGCCUCUCCAACUGGCUGUUCUGAAUGGAGGUUGCAGGAUGUGGCUUGGCAGACACUUAACCAAACAGGCUUUGCAGAUGGCAUGGGGAGGAGACUGCACUCAGCCCCUGGUCUUGAUCUCUCAAAGACUCCAACAGCAGAGAUGGAGCAUGCUCUUCAUGGAUCGAGCACAGCGCCUGUCUCUCAGGAUUCAUCAAACUUGAGGAAAAAGACUUUGGAAACCGGGCACCAUUGUUCCAGCUCCUCCUCCCUCCCUGUCAUCCAUGACCCUCCUGUAUUGCUCCUUGAUCCUAAACUCUACCCUCCCCAGCCACAGUUCCUGCCCCCUGAUGUUCUGAUGCCCAGCGUGGCAGGGGAGCCCUAUAGAUCCCCAGGAACUUCGAGGGGUGUCCAGCAGUUUCUGGCUAUGUGUGACAGGGAUGAAACUCCCCAAGGGGUCAAGUACACAGGAAGGACUUUGAACUACCGAAGUCUACCCCAUCGUUCAAGAACUGAUGCUUCCUGGGGACUGGGGUCAGAGACCAACCAGCAUGUUGGGACCAGAGUCCUAACUAUGCCAGCAUGCAAGCCUCACCUAACCUACACUGCCACACUACCAGAACGAAGCCAGGGCCUCCAGGUCCCACAUGCUCAGUCCUGGGGGGGUCUUGUCCAUUCACCCUCCCAUCCUCCUCCUGUUCACCCAGUGUCCCCACCAUCUAGCAGUCUUCAUUUACCCCUUGGGUCAGCUUGGAAUUCAGGUCCUGUUCUGGGGUCCCGAACACCUGGCCCUCGAAGAAUAGAUAUGCCCCCAGAUGAUGACUGGAGACAGGGCAGUUAUCCCUCCCAGUUUAGGCAUAGGAGGACUGGAGAGGAGAGAAUUAUGUUUAUUCUAUCCAAUGCUCCUGGAAGAGAACAGAAUAGGGUGAGAUUUUUAUAGCACAGCAGGUGGUAAGGAUCAUCCCUAGCUUUUCCUGGAGUGACACCUUUCUCUAUAAACCUACUGUAGCAGAGUUGAUACCUUGCAUUCAGUUAUGCUAUAAUCAUCUCAAUGUAGAAUUGGCAGUUUCAGUCCACAUGCUUGUAAUCCCUGCAGUUGGGAGGUAGAGGCAGGAGAAUCAGCAGUUCCAGGCCAGAGACUCUGGGCUAGAAGAGACUGUGCUUUACAAAACAGAACCACCACAACAGAAGAAUUGUUGGCUUUUUUCUAAGGGUGUUUGCUUCUUUGAGAGGGAAUAUUUGAAAUUCCAGCUUUAGAGUUGGGACUGUAGCUCAGUUGGUAGAUUGUUUUCCUAACAUGCACAAAGCCCAGGGUUAGAUCCUUAGCACCAUGUAAAACUGGGCAUGGGGGUGCACACUUGUAAUCCUAACACUUGAGAGAUGGAGGCAGGAGGAUCAGAAGUUCAGGUUCAUCCUUGGCUACAUAGCAAGUUCUAGGCAGUUAGACCCUAUAGAGGGAAAAAAAAAAGAAAACUUAAACUUUGGCUCCUCCAGCAAAAGGAAGCAGCUCAUGCUUAGAGCUUUAUUUGAGCCACUUCAAAGUUGAACCCAUUUUAUUACUCUGGACACUAUCUAUUCCUAGUGUUUUAAGACAUUGUUUUAUUCUUGGUUACUGUUAUGCCCCCAUCUCCAGCUGAGCCCUCAUCUUUUGGUCCCUACUAUAUUCUCUACUUCUACUAUUUAGUUAUUACCUGGCAUAGGAUUCUGACCGAAUUCUUAUGGGAAGCCCAACUGCCAAGUAUUAUGGCUGUCAGACUUCCUUGUGACUCAAACUUUAGGCCUAGAAUGUGGAGCUGCCAAUAUAGUAUUUGCCCUUCUGAACAGAUGGAGCUGGGCUUACUAACACAUCCUCCCAUCCUCAGCAGCAGAGCCAUUACUCUCACUUGCUCAGUCACUGUUGUAAACUCUCAGAGUCAGCUAAACUAUUUUAGGGCAAAGCAUUACUGUUUUUGUAAAGUAUUUUUCAUUAAUAAAUCUAUCAGAUAGUUCUAUUUAA